GCCGUAACCGAACAGAACCAUGAAUCCGCAACAAUUUUCCCUACGGUGGAACAAUUACACGUCCUACAUAGCCGGUGCAUUCGACUCGCUGCGCUAUGAGGAGGACUUUGUCGAUGUGACGUUGUGCUGCGAAGGGCGCAAGAUACGCGCUCACAAAAUAUUGCUCUCCGCCUGCAGCCCGUACUUCAAGGACGUGUUCAAGGAGAACCCUUGCCAGCAUCCAGUAAUUAUUUUCAAAAAUGUGCGCUACACCGACCUGAUGUCGCUGGUUGAGUUUAUGUACCAGGGCGAAGUGAGCGUACCGCAGGAACAGCUGCCCUCGUUUCUCCACACGGCGGAGGUGCUGGCAAUCCGGGGACUUACCGACAAUACGUCCGAUUCACGUCAACCGGCCAGCUCGACCACAUCCGCCAUUGCACAGCAGCUGAUACAGAGUCAGGCCGUGUUGGACAAAUCGGCAACAAUCACGACGACAGACUCGCUGUACCUUACCUUGCCAUCAAACUCCACCAUAGUCCAUCAACCGAAGCUGGUACAAGCACAGAUCCAAACUGCACCGAUCAUCACCAAACCACUGAUCAAACAAUCGCCACCGGAAAUGCCCACCUUGACCGCCUCCACCGUGACUGUUCCGAUCGCGCAACCCCAGCAGCAACCCACGAUCGCCAAAAUUCAGGUACAAACCACCGCACCGCCACAACAGCCGCAGCAGCAGCAGGUUCAGGUGCAGGUUCAACAAGUAGCCGUACAGCAAGCCCAGCAGCAGCCCCAGCAGCAACAGCAGCAGCAAAACCAGCAAACGGCCACCCCCCAAACGCAACCGCAACAUCAAACUACGCAAGCCACCACCUUACAAGAAGUCGUGGACAAUGUUGUACAACCCAGAAAGAAAAAGGUUAAGGGACAGCAGAUUAUUGCGUCACAGGCAAACUCAGCGGUACAGUCCGGAUCGACGGUAACGGUUACAACAACGAGCUCAGGACAAUCGGGCGAUAAUGAACUGUACGAGACGGAUACCUACACCAUCACUACAAAGGACGCACGAGAGGAACAGGAACAUGAACAAUACACCGAAAAUGGGCAAUCGGCGGGCACGUCGCUGAAGAUGGAAAUACCGGAAUUUAUCAGCGUCGGAGAGCCGCUUAAUCCUGGUAACGGCACAAAUAAUACGUUCCUUCAAGAAAGCUACGAACUCGUCUCGGAAAACAUUGAAGAAAAGGACGACGAUGAAGAUAUGGCGCAGGACAAUAUUGAGAUAGAAGGCUCGGAUAUGGAUAUGAGUCGUAUUUUCCAAGGAUCAACCGAUGAGCAGACGAAAACUAACAUUUUGCAAGAAGUGUUUGAGCAAAAAAUGAAACCCAAAAAAUACAAGUGCAAAGAUUGCGACAAAAGCUUCGCCGCCUGGAAAUCACUCACGAUGCAUCAGCAUAUACACAGGGGCCUCACGAAAUGCACGAUCUGCGGUGCGAUCUUGUCCCGCACCGCCAAUCUCAAGCGCCACAUGAAGCUGAAGCACGAGAAAAUCAUACCGUAAA